AUGGCCCACAAAAGGCCCUUUCUCGAUAAUUUGGAUGCGAAUAUAUUACCUUGCGGUGGUCUUAAACCCAAAUCUCUUGUGGAAAUAUCAGGUGCUUCUAAUACAGGCAAGAGUUUAGUGCUCAAUCAAUUAAUAGCACGCUGCUUACCGCCUACCUACUUUGGUGGAAAAUAUUGUGAUGCUAUUUUAAUUGAUCUUGGCCAUAAGUUUUCUGUUCAACAUUUUGAAAAGCUUGUCACACGCGUCAUAAAUGAAUCUGGAGAAAAAUGUACACCAGCCGAGAACAUAACAGUGAUUCAUAAUUGCUUAAACUCAGUUACAGCGCUUAACUGUUAUACUGCAGAAGAUUUCGAUUUAGCCUUCGAUAUAGUUGAAGAUAUUUUAUGGGAGAAUCAAAAUGUUUCAUUAUUAGCAAUAGACACUUUGGAUGCCUUUUAUUGGGCAGAUACGCAUAAAAAACUCGUCCGAAUGACCACACAUUACAAUAAAUUAGUAACUAAACUGAAGCAACUAUUUUUACAAAACAACUAUCAUGCCUUAAACCAUACGAUUGGUUUAACUAUCUGGACAUCUAAAUCUAAUUGCCAAAUAAUGAGCUAA